GAUUAGUUCAUAGGCAGGAAUCUUAGUAAAAGGGAACUGGCUACUUUAGACUAUCAUCUCUUACAUGGUAACUACAGGAGGUGGCAGGUGCCGCAGGAACCUUCCCUGGUAGAAACAUGAAGAGAGUCCUGGUUUUCCUGCUUGCUGCAGCCCUUGGGCAUGCUCUAGAGAGAGGCCGAGAUUAUGAAAAGGAUAAAGUCUGCAAGGAGAUCACCAGUCUGGGAAAGGAUGACUUCACAUCUUUAUCACUAGUCCUAUAUAGCAGAAAAUUUCCCAGUGGCACAUUCGAACAAGUCAGUCAGCUUGUGAAGGAAGUUGUCUCCCUGACCGAAGCCUGCUGUGCGGAAGGGGCUGACCCCGACUGCUACGACACCAGGACCUCAGCACUGUCUGUCAAGUCCUGUGAAAGUGACUCCCCCUUCCCGGUUCACCCCGGCACCGCCGAGUGCUGUACAAAAGAGGGCCUCGAAAGGAAGCUCUGCAUGGCUGCUCUCAAGCACCCGCCACAAGAAUUCCCCACCUACGUGGAGCCAACAAAUGAUGAAAUCUGUGAAGCAUUCAGGAAAGAUCCAAAGGGAUUUGCUGACCAAUACACAUUUGAACUAAGCAGAAGGACUCACAUUCCAGAAGUAUUCCUCAGUAAAGUACUUGAGCCAACCCUGAAAAGCCUUGGCGAAUGCUGCGAUCUUGAAGAUCCUACUGCCUGUUUAAAAGCUAAGGGUCCUCUGCUGAAGAAGGAACUAUCUUCUUUCAUUGGCAAAGGACAAGAACUAUGUGCAGAUUAUUCAGAAAACACAUUCACUGAGUACAAGAAAAAUGUUCAUCAUGAAACCAAGAAAACUGAGACUGUGGGUAAACUAACAAAUUCAUUUUUACUGUUUAGCCAUCUCAUAAAAUUAGCCCAAAAAGUGCCUACUGCUGAUCUGGAGAACGUUUUGCCACUAGCUGAAGAGAUUACCAACAUCCUCUCCAAAUGCUGUCAGUCUACCUCUGAGGACUGCAUGGCCAAGGAGCUGCCUGAAUACACAAUAAAAAUCUGUGACAACUUAUCUACAAAGAAUUCUAAGUUUGGAGACUGCUGUCAAGAAAAGACACCCAUGGACAUUUUUAUGUGCACCUACUUCAUGCCAGCUGCGCAGCCUCCUGAGCUGCCAGACGUCGAGUUGCCCACAAACAAAGAUGUGUGUGACCAGGGAAGCACCAAAGCCACGGAUCAACUGGCAGAGCGACUAAGAGCAAAAUUGCCUGACGCCACACCCGCCGAGCUGGACGACCUGGUUGACAAGCGCUCAGACUUCGCCUCUAAGUGCUGUUCUAUCAAUUCACCUCCUCUUUACUGUGACUCACAGAUUGAUGCUGAAAUGACAAAUGCCCUGCAGUCCUAAUGCAUGAGCAUGAUCUUUGACUUAGAGCUGGGAG